AUGGAUCUUACUCAGUGCCCGGGCCCACCGGCCACGGAUACGGAUGAAUUACGACCUCAACUCCGCAAAUUUCUGGCUCGAUUUCAGGAGAUCCAGUCGCGUAUUGACGAUAUUCAGUCUGCUGUGUCUGAAGUUCAGUCCAACACCCAGAAUCUUCUCGUGGAUGUCCAACAAUUCUUAAGCCAUGACAACACGAAAAGCGAUGAUACGAUACCAACUAGCAAAACGUGUGUGCCUCGAGCAAAGCAGCGAUUAAGUUUCAGAAAUGCAGAAUUGCCAAGCAAAAAUGCCGUCUUCUUGGCGGAAUGCCCGCAUCCGGACUGUGCCAACAAAAUAAAGACUCAAUUCAGUCGUCGGAAAAACCUCAAGCGACAUUAUAUGUCACACCUGACAAUCAACGAACCUUGUCUCUUUUGUAAGCACGAGAUCACGGAUGUGCUGUUUUACGUGACACAUUUUAACACGUGCUCAACGAGAAAGAAGCAAGAGAAGGAUGGCGUUCUUCAUACUGGGCUAGGCAUCGAGGCAAAUAUGAAGCGGGAGAAAUUUCUCAAGAUGGCCGAUAAUCAGCUUGAUAGGCAUCUUUUCGAGUCAGGCAUGGUAGCUUUCCGUGCGUCAGCGCGAACGAAGAGGCGACGAAACGUGAAUGGAGUGACUGAAGGAUCUCGCAAAGAGAGGGUAAUAGCCCAACCGGAAACUGACGUUCCUGUGGAACAGAUUCAUACUUAUCUACCUUCAAACGAGCAAGGAAUUAUUUGCACUCAAACAAUCGAGGAAGGACACGAAGCAAGACCUGGUUCGCCAGGGGUGCAACAGCUGUCACCGACUACGGAGCGUAGUGAACGCCAUCCGCUUUCAGAAUUCACAGCUAUAUCACAAACCACAUGGAAUGAUACAUCUGGAUUGAACUGCCACGACUACAACGGCGCUCUCCCUCUGCGAGCACCUUUUGGCGCUUCCUAUACAAUGGACGACUCAUAUGGCGACAUCUCUUUCCCGCUACGAGCACCUUUCGGUGCUUCUUAUACAAUGGACGACCCAUAUCAUGAAGAAACAACCACUUCAACUCAGCCCCAAACGACAAGUAAGCCGUUCCAUGACACCCUUGCUCUGGAUGCUUUCGUAGGCCCGUAUCAAACAAAUAAGGCUACUUUCCCGGUACAAACCCCGUGUUCUGACUCAUACGGUAUGAACGAGCCGUUAGACCAGUUCCAUUUGGCGCCGGCGUUGUAUGCAGACAGCAGCACCGCAGCGUAA